AUGAUGGCAUCGGGUCCGAUAAAUGGACAAGAGAUAGCUUACUAUCCCUGGAACGUCGGCAACCCGAACAAAGCUCGCUCAAGAGAGCGGAAGCAUGCUGGAGGGGAAAGUCGUGAAAGUCGUGAGCAGAGGAAAAGUCGAGAAAGUCGUGAGCAGAGGAAAAAUGAAGAAAGACAAGCGGCUGGCACUGGCAAUGGCAUUGUAAAUUUGUAA